GUCCGUAUAUUAACUGAAAUGCCCGCAGGCGUAAAGAGGAGGACGGUUCGUGUCCCAGCUGCUCAUCACAACCUUUACUUCACGUGUCAAAACUUUUUUCGUCUUCUGGAUCAGUUUUUCUUUUUGUUGGUUUGAGGAAUCCCUGCGCCACCAUGAAUCCGCCCUGUGGAAGAUGCAAGAAACCAGUUUACCCCACAGAGAAAAUAAAUUGCCUUGAUAAGUAUUGGCACAAAGGUUGUUUCAGCUGUGAGGUAUGCAAGAUGGCCCUGAGCAUGACGAACUACAAAGGCUUUGAGAAGAAACCUUACUGCAGUAUGCAUUACCCCAAAACCUCCUUCACUAUAGUGACCGACACCCCCGAGAACCUGCGUCUCAAACAACAGACGAUGCUCAAUAGCCAGGCGAUCUAUAAGGAGGACUUUGAAAAGAACAAGGGGAAAGGUUUCAGCGUGGUGGCCGACACUCCAGAGAUGCAGAGAGUGAAGAAGACACAAGACCAGAUCAGUCACGCCCUUUACAAGGAGGAGUUUGAAAAGAACAAGGGGAAAGGUUUCAGCGUGGUGGUCGACACUCCAGAGAUGCAGAGAGUGAAGAAGACACAAGACCAGAUCAGUAACAUAAAAUACCAUGAAGAAUUUGAGAAGAGCAAAAUCCGAAGCGACGCACCUCCUCCUGAAAACAGACAAGACUAUGAAGAACAACCAUCCAGCCCUCAAAGAUUCAGUCAGCCAGCCGGACAAAUGCGCCCUCCUGCUGUAGCACCACCUUGUGGAGGGAAGCGUUACCAGGCCAUGUACAGCUACACAGCAGCAGAGGCAGAUGAGGUCUCUCUCAUGGAGGGGGAUCUGAUCUUAGACGUGGAGCCGAUAGACGAGGGGUGGGUGUUCGGAUGCAACCAGCGCACGGGGCAGCGAGGCAUGCUCCCUGCUAACUAUGUCCGACCUGUGUGAGACGAACGGACCUGCGCAACAUUGGACAUUGGACCGUCCAUUUCCAGCAUGAGCAGCCGUCACCACCUGUAAUCAGGCCUCUUCUCUCCUUUUGCAAACAGAAAAAAAAGUUAUUUAAAAAUGACUUCCCCGCCUCGUUCUGCUUUGUCUUAUUUGUCAGGAACAUGGUUUUCAAAUUUGAUGAGAGUCCAUUUGAUAUGAGUGAAAUUUGACUUUAGGAAAGAACAAUGAUAUUAAAGGAAGUGAAAAGGUUUUGUUUGUAAUAGAAACCCAUAAAAAAGAAGGAAUAAAUUCACACAAAAAACCCAGAAGAAAUAAUAAUCAAUAAACCUACAGUUUACUACAAGA